AAUCCUGCUUCAUCCCGUGCACACCUAAGUGCGACAUACGAUUAUCAAUUUGGGGCGGUAUAAUUAGUAAAAGGGGGUAGUAUAAUUAACAACGUCCUAAAAUACAAGCUAUUUUCUGUCACCGUGCAAACGUCCUCCGUACUGUACUUGCAGACUGCACGGACCCCGCUCGCUCGGGUCAGCGGGCUGCACUUGGUAGGCUAACGUGGGUAUGCGGAUGGCUUUCGGCAUCCCCGCGUUUGAAUGCGGAUUAAUUCAUUAUGUGGCUUGUAUACAGAUCCGCUACGGCAAGCUGCAGGGCGUCGAUUCAUGAUCGGCUCGCGACAUUGAAAACGGAAUAUUGGGCGCAUAUUUCUCGUACUAGAAAAAUCAUGGCGGCGAGUCUGUUGAGGGGCAAUGCUUACGUGAGCGGUGCUGCCUCUGGCAUUGGCCGGGCUACGGCGUUUGCCCUAGCAAGACAUGGCGCAAACGGCCUCGCACUCUCCGAUUUGAAUGGCCAAACCCUUGAAAACACUGGACAGGAGAUUCAAAAGGAACAUCCAAAUGUUAAGGUGGUAUGCUAUAUUUUGGACGUUUCGAACGAGGAAUCGGUUGUGCAUGUCAUGAGCAGAGUAUUCAAGGACUUUGGCCGCCUCACUUAUGCAAUCAACAAUGCCGGUAUUCAAGGGGGGAUAAAACCUACUGUCCUUGUAGAGGCGAACAUCUUUCAAAAAGCGCUCGAUGUGAACCUCGUGGGACUUUGGAUCAGUCAGCGGGAACAACUGAAGCACAUGCUCACUCAAGAGCUGGUCGAUGAGGGAGACCACAGCAAAAUCAGAGGCGUGAUUGUGAAUACUGCUUCGAUGGCAGGUUUGAUCGCCGGAGAGAAUGUCACUCCGUAUAUUGCCAGCAAGCAUGGUGUUGUGGGAGCCACCAAGGGAGACGCUGCCACAUACGCCAAGGAUGGAAUAAGAAUCAACUGCGUCUGCCCAGGAUUUAUUAAAACACCAAUGAUGCCAUACGACGAUGCUACUCUCUCCACCAUUGCACAGAUGGUCCCUAUGAAACGCAUUGCAGCUCCAGAAGAAGUGGCAUCCGCCAUUAUCUUCCUAGCUUCACCACUGAGUAGCUAUCUAAGUGGAGUAGCACUUCCUAUUGAUGGUGGGUUCACUACAGUAUAGCAUGUUCAAUAUGGCAGCCAGUAACACGCCUCUAUUCUCCCUUGUUUCUCUCCCUUUCUCCUCCUUACGGAGUUGCACUGUCUCCCUUACGAAGUUGUGUUGCUCCCUUGCUGUCCCUUGCUGUCCCUUGCUGUCAAGUGGCAGCUGGAUGCACCCCCUAGUGCGUAAGAACUAGUGUAUUUGAUACUGUACUAGAACGCUACUGCUACGCUGCUGCUACGCUCCUGUCACUUCUCCUUGUUUCACCAUGUUCCACUCCUACCGUCUUCCAACUAUAUAGCCACUCGCUGGAACCUCAAUACAACUCAUGUCUCC